AUGCCUUCAAAGGAGAGUGGUGUAGGCGAGAAGCAAAAUGGCGCAGUCUUCUCUGUGUCCGGCCCUGUGAUCGUCGCCGAGAACAUGAUCGGUGUGGCCAUGUACGAACUCUGCAAAGUCGGUAGUGAUGAGCUUGUUGGUGAAGUCAUUCGGAUAGAAGCAGACAGAGCCACUAUUCAGGUCUACGAAGAGACAGCUGGUGUCACCGUCGGUGAUCCCGUCACUCGAACUGGCAAACCUCUAUCCGUCGAAUUGGGCCCUGGUCUGAUGGAAACAAUCUACGACGGUAUUCAGCGACCACUAGCUAAGAUUGCUGGAAAGACAGACAGUAUCUACAUUCCCAGAGGUAUCGCUGUACCUGCUCUAGACAGGGAAAAGAAGUGGAAGUUCAAUCCAACUGUCAAGGAAGGUGAUCAUGUCUCUGGUGGUGAUAUCUGGGGCAAAGUUGAAGAGAACAGCCUGCUCAAUGAACACAGAAUCAUGAUGCCUCCACGAGCACGAGGAACAGUCAAGAAGAUCGCAAGCAAAGGCGAGUAUACUGUUGCAGAGCCAUUGCUGACCGUUGAGUUCAACGGUGAAGAGAAGGAAUAUCCAAUGAUGCAAACGUGGCCUGUCCGUGUCCCAAGGCCCGUCAGUGAGCGCCUGCGAGCAGAUGCUCCAUUUAUUGUUGGUCAACGUGUGCUGGACGCUCUUUUCCCAUCAGUCCAAGGAGGCACUGUCUGUAUCCCAGGCGCUUUCGGUUGUGGAAAGACUGUCAUUUCUCAGUCUGUCUCGAAAUUCUCAAACAGUGAUAUCAUUGUCUACGUUGGAUGCGGUGAACGUGGAAACGAAAUGGCUGAAGUCUUGAUGGACUUCCCAGAGCUUUCUAUCACUAUCGACGGUCGGAAAGAGCCUAUCAUGAAGAGAACCUGCCUCAUUGCCAAUACAUCCAACAUGCCUGUCGCAGCUCGAGAAGCCUCCAUCUACACUGGUAUCACUGUCGCCGAAUAUUUUCGAGACCAAGGGAAGGCCGUUGCUAUGAUGGCUGAUUCUUCUUCUCGAUGGGCAGAAGCUCUACGAGAGAUUUCUGGUCGUCUUGGUGAAAUGCCUGCUGAUCAAGGUUUCCCUGCAUACCUUGGUGCCAAGCUUGCUUCCUUCUACGAACGUGCUGGGUCCUCCACCGCGCUAGGUUCGCCUGAACGUGCGGGAAGUGUCUCAAUUGUCGGCGCUGUAUCCCCUCCUGGUGGUGAUUUCUCCGAUCCCGUCACUUCCUCUACACUCAACAUUGUUCAGGUCUUCUGGGGUCUCGACAAGAAACUUGCUCAAAGAAAACAUUUCCCAUCCAUCAACACGUCUUUGUCGUACAGCAAGUACGCAACAGUGCUUGACGAAUUUUACCAAAAGGAUCAUCCAGAGUUCCCCAAGUUGCGAGACAGCAUCAAAGCAUUGCUCACAAACUCCGAAGAACUCGAUCAGGUUGUCCAGUUGGUUGGCAAGUCUGCCCUUGGUGACAGCGACAAGAUUGUUCUGGAUGUCGCGGCUAUGUUGAAGGACGAUUUCUUGCAGCAAAACGGUUACAGCGACUAUGACCAAUUCUGCCCGUUAUGGAAGACCGAGUACAUGAUGAAGGCAUUCAUGCAGUAUCAUGAUGAAUCACAAAAAGCAGUUCAGGGUGGUCUUGGCUGGGCAAAGAUUCGAGAAUCCACGUCGGAGAUCCAACAUGGUCUUCGAAGCAUGAAGUUCGAGCUUCCUGACAACGAGGAGGAGGUUUCGAAGAAGUACGAUCAACUGUUGCAGCGUAUGAGCGAAAAGUUUGCAAGCGUUGCCGAUGAUUAG